AUGAGGCUCUCCAUUUGCAUCUACGCCUUGUUGGCAGCAUUUUCAUCCUGCUCUUCGGCAGCUGGGGUGAAUAAAAGCAGCAAUACCCCCACACUGGAGCUGAGCACAGACUCCGCCUUCAACUUUCAAUAUCUCAUUGCGCUCGGUGAUGCCAUAACCGGAGGAUCGGAUAUCGCCCCUGUUCUCGGUGCUGCCAAAAACAUCAAACCUGGGGACAUGGAUUCGUUCAGUGAGCAGUUUUACAAGCUCGCCAAUCGUACCAAGGAAAUGGCGGAAAACCCAGAAAACGCAUACGAUCCGGUCAAUGUGAGAGACACAUGGUUCUCUGCUGCCCAGUACUUCCGUCGUGCGGAUAUCUACCUGCAUGGCAACUGGAGCAACCCACUGAUAAACUACCUGUGGACAGAACAGACUGCAGCCUUUGAUAAGGCGCUGGCUUCUCUACCUGUACCUGGCCAGCGUGUUCGCAUUCCCGCCAAGAAUGGCAACUUCACGAUUGAAGCAAUCUGGUACAGUGCAACAGACAGCAGUAGCCACCAACGGCCGACCUUGAUUAUCGGAAAUGGAUUCGAUGCAGCCCAAGAAGACUCAUACCAUUACUUCGUUGCUGCCGCCCUGGUGCGAGGAUGGAACUGCAUUACUUAUGAAGGGCCAGGUCAACCUACUGUGCGUCGUGACCAGAACAUAGGUUUCGUCCCGGAUUGGGAGGACGUUGUGGUCCCCGUUGUGGACCAUGUCCUCUCUCAAAAGUCCCAGAUUGUGGACAAGCGCCGCCUGGUACUUAUCGGAAAUUCGUUCGGUGGUUAUUUGGCUGCACGCGCGGCAGCAUUCGAGCCUCGACUGUCCGCUGUCGUCCUCAUCGAUGGUGUUUGGGAUCUAUAUGCCGGAUUCUCGAGACAGAUACCAUCCAACGUCAUAGCUAUGUAUGAGGCAGGAAACUAUACCGAGUUCGACAAAGAGCUUCUCUCGCUGCGCAAAGCUGACAAGCUCCCCACCAACACGGCUUGGGGCCUCGACCAAGGCUUGUGGUCGUUUCGCACGCGCUCGCCUUCUGACUUUUUCAAUCAGACAAAGCAGUACCGACUAGGAGAUGUCGUUGAAAGAAUCAACAUGCCGGUAUUUGUCGGUGACGCCGAAUUCGAAAAUAUUUUCCAAGGACAGCCGCAACAGGUCGCUGAUGCAGUUGGUGAUAAGGCAACUUGGUACCGGUUUAAUGGGACUGCAGGCUAUCAUUGUCAAACCGGGGCUGGACAGGAAAUGACGAGAACAAUAUUUGCCUGGAUGAAUAAGACGCUGGGCGCGGUGAAUAACCACAAUCUGGAGAGAUAAACUUGGUGUUUCCGGAUGUGUAUAGUGAAGGUGGUGCAAAGGUACCUGCUGAGAGGGCACCGUUGUAAAAGAC